UGUCUCAUUCCUCAUUGAUUCCUCCAUCUUUUUGGUCUCCACAUUCCUUCGUGCUCAUCCUCCACCCCCACCAUCAGUACUUCAGCAGAGGCGGCAGCUGAAACACAUACUCGCCAGCAGCAGACAUUAUAGUUACAAGGUAGAUGAUUGACUGGGCCCCUCUGGUGGUUGGGGUGGUGUUGUUCGUGCUGCUCUCGCCGGGGUUGCUGCUCGAGCUGCCGGGUACGCGCCGAUGCGUCGAUUUCUGCAGCCACCGCACCACCGGCAAGGCCAUCACCAUCCACACCCUCGUCUUCUUCACCCUCUUCGCCGUCAUCACCCUCGGGUUCAAACUGCGCAUCUACACCGGUGCCUAGGCAUCUAGCUGCCUGCCUCCAUGCCUUGCCGACUGAAUCGCCCCUCGACGAGAUGCUGCCUGCCACUCCGAUCAGCCUGGCCAAUUGGCCAUGCAUGCAACACGGUACAUAUGCAUCGUGCGUGGUUAAUAGUUGAUUGAUCAAGGUAUUACUGUAUUAGAUAUAGUGUUUACUAAUAUUGUGUACUACUUAAGCUUGCCGGCCGUUCGGCAUGUACCAAGUGAUCAGAUCUUAAAAUUCAGCUUCUCA